AUUUUCUUUGGACAUUUUGGAUUUUGAAAUCCAAAAUGUCCAAUUGUAAUGUGUCUUGAAAACUUUAAAAUAAAAAUAUACUAUAUGUCAUUCUGAUAACCAACUUUUAUUAAGACUUUACUGGUUCAGUUUGCCAUUUAAUGCCAUUUAAUAGUUUUAUUAUUAUUUAUUAAAAUGCUUUUCAGAUACUUUAGCAAUAUGCUCUUGUGUCAUAACACUUUUUAUCUAAAAAAAAGUGGAACUGUUGCAUGCACGAAUGCAAAUGCUCUCUCUUUUUUUCUCUUUCACACAGAUUUCACCCUAAAGAAAUAGGGAAGAGGGCUGAAAAGGGGGAAGUGGCAAAUUCAUAAAGUCAUACAACUGUUUUUCUCAUACUUAUUCUGUCUCAUUUGUCUUUCCAAAAGAAAGAUUUAAUUUGUCAAAAUAAUAUCAGAGUAUAACGAAAACUUCACCAUGACCAUUUCAAACUUCACGACACCGAUCCCUGGUGGUGGAGGCAGCAAUGGCAGUGGAUGCCCACAAGUCAAUUUACAACUGCAGGGUACGAUCAUGUUACCAUUCCUCACCGUCAUACUGGGGUUGCUGGGAAACAUGGUUGCCCUGUGGAUCUUUUGCUUUAAACUGAAGGCCUGGAACCCCAACAACCUGUUCCUCUUCAACCUGAUUAUCGCCGACUUCCUGGUUCUCGCAAGCCUUCCUCUCAGGAUCGAUGACUUUCUCAGAGGCCACUGGAUGUUUGGUGAUGGCUUGUGCAGGAUCAGCCUCUUCCUGAUAUUUUCCAACCGCUCAGCCAGCAUCGCACUCAUGACCGUGGUGGCAAUUUACCGCUACUUUAAGGUGGUUCACCCUCACCACCGGUUCAGCCGUAUGACCAAGAGACAGGCUGUAUACGUGUUAGUGUUUGUCUGGUUGUUGGUCAUCAUUCCUCGGGUUCCCAUACUGACGAACAACUUCAUCGAGGUCCACGACCACAGCAGCAAGUGCUUAUUCUUCACUUGUUCUUCAUUCACCACCCUGGUCACCACGCACCGCAUCCUGGCGGUGCUGGAGUUCAUCAUCCCGCUGGCCAUGCUAUUGUUCUGCUCCAUCCGGAUUUCCAGCUUCCUGAGGCAGCGGCAGAUGGGAAAAGCUGACAAGGUGCGCAAGGCGAUGAGGGUGUGCAACGCCAUCGUCGCCAUGUUCAUAGUGUGCUUCUUACCCACCACGGUGACGACCAUCGGGGUGUGGGUCAUCCGCUCGUAUCACCCGCCGGACUGUGACACCCUCAACACUUUCAUCCGGCUCACCAUUGUGUCUUUGUGGCUGAACUUCCUGAACUCGGCUCUGGACCCCAUCUUAUACAUCUUCUCCAGCUCCAUGUUCAAGAAGGCGCUCUGCAGCUUGCUUCCCCGUUUCCUGCGCUGUGGUCAGGACGCAGAAGACGCUGAGAUGACUGCAUCCUCAACUGAAAGUCAGUCAGUCAUACAGAAGGAACUGAAACCCAUGAGGGCUGACAGAGGGAAUGAAGCCAUGUAAUUAGCUUUUCUUCCAAGACAAUGACUGGAUCAUGCAGGACUAGUAUUUUGCACUGACUUGUCUGCUUGUUUUGCAUGUUUCAUUAGCUUUUUUUAUGCUGUUGAAGCUUUGUUGUACAUCUGUGAACUUUGUAAACACAUUAGCUUUUCAGUUAUCAUCAUUUAUUAGAUCCAAACUCAGUUAUGCUUGUAAAUAUCCUUCAAACUUCUGUGGUUAAACAAAUUACAGAUGGGUGUUUUAAUUAUUAUUUAUUGUUUAAUUUAUUUAUUUCUGCAGCAUUCCAUCAAAUGUAAAUAUUAUACUUUACAGAUGUCACUCAUUUCAAUUGAUAUGUUUACCGUGGUAAUUCUGCAGCGGCAGUGAAGGAGGGUGAAAUAAUAUAUCCAGGAGUUGCUGAAGUGCUCACCAACAACCACCAGGUGGCACAUGUGAGCAGUCCAGAUGCAGUCUGUUUGUCUCUCUGUAGGGUAGUCAAUACAAAAUGGCGACCAUGCUCGGCAAGCAGACGCAAUGGGGGAACAGAAAAAUGCCAUGAAAGUGUUUGGGAAUAAGUCAUAGCAUUAAUAUAUUAUAUUUUCUGCCAGGCCUGUACAGUAUACUUACAUGUUACACAGUUUUAAUUUCAGAAUGGACAUUUGUGUAAUUAUAUCAAAACCAACCAUCCAUCCACACAGUUUAGACCUCAAUAUAUGAAACAUGGAAAUUUGUCUCCCCCGAUAUUUGUAAUUGACUGGACAUCAGAUUCCCCCAGAAGAUGAAAGAAAGCUGAUUUGUUCUCCUCAGUUUUCAGAGUUAAACUGACUCCAAAACACGUUGGAUGUGUAUUAUUCACAGAAAACCUGCUUUGUCUCGUUUGUGUUCGUGUUCAGCAACAGUGAAAAGCAGCUGUGAGCGCAGUGCCAAAACUUUGGGUCCAUCCUGUAGGUCCUGUGGGCUGCCACUGCUUCAGCGUUUUGAGCAUAUCCCCUCAUAUUUCUGUUUCUUUAAACUGGUAUUUUAAUGUAACAGCAGAAUUUAAUGUGGAGCGUUGGAGGGAAGGGGAAAAAUAUGGUGCUGCACAUAACAAGACGCAUACAGGCCAUGGAUGUAUUAUAAGAUCAAUAAAAUUAUUUUUACAGUGAGUGGAGCAGUUACUGCAGCUGUUACUAGUGUUUAUGUAAUGUGAGGGUUCGGUAGGUGGUAAUUUGACACUCUUCAUGAGAGAAAAUAGCAGGAUGGAGACAGGUGACUUUUUAAGCAGCACUUUACUCUAGCUCCCGGCAUCAGAGACAUAACAACAACACUUCCUCGUCUUUUUAGGCACAUGUGACUAAACCAACCAAUCAUAGGCUAGACUGAGGCAGAUCCAACUGUAAUGAGGUAAAACCACAGAAGCAAAUUCAAUACUGUUUCAACCUUCACAGGAUGCUGAUGCAAAUAUCUGAACCUGUAAAUAU